AUGGAGACCAUCGCACCCCCGCCGAAAUUGAGCCACCUCUUCACUCUGCGCUGUGCGGUUGAUCCGCCGAUGGAGAUAGGCCAUGGUCCUUAUGGUCGUCGGCGGUGUGUGCCGAUCAAGUCGGGUACUGUUCGUGGGCCGCACUUCAACGGGGAAGUUGUGCCGGGAGGAGCAGAUUUUAUGUUGGUGGAAGAAGACCAGACGACGCACGUGAAUACCAACUAUGUGAUCAAAAGUGACGAUGGGGCAUACCUGUACAUUCGUACGGAAGGGACUCGAGCCGGACCUCCCGAGGUCCUCAAAGCCUUGAUGGAAGGCGGACCUGUUGACCCCAGCCAGUACUGGUUUCAUCUUCACGUCAAGAUCGAGACCGGCCACGAGAAGGGGGAGGUUGCGUACGAUGCGUAUUUCUUGAAGAAUGGCCCCUGA